AUGUGCGACGCAGCACCUCAGUGGAGCUUAAACGCCAUUCAGAGGGUCAAGAAGAAUAUUGGCAAGCCGAUACCCUAUGUCUUUCCAACACAUCACCACCGGGAUCACAGCGGAGGUGUUCCGGAUUAUGUGGCUGCAGGUGCCAAACUAACUGUCCCCGAGAUGAGCAGAGACUACUGGGCGAAUAUCCGUGAUGCGGAGAUCAUCACAUUCAAGUAA